CAACGCUACGACAGCGCUCAUUUUGCCUCGCCGAUCCUCGUUCUCUACAUCGCUGCCUCAGUUGAUGGAAGCUUCGACCAUGGCGAGAUGUCUCCUCACCGCGCCUCCGCCCCUAUGUGGCCCUCGCGCGCACCCGGAGCCCCUCUCCUCUCCGCCCCUCAGGGUUCACGCGAGGUUUACUCGCCUUAUCUCCAUCUCAAACCCCAAAACUUCCACUUCGGCGUUGCGAUUAGAGAAGAUCAACCGGUUCCUAACCCGGUGUUCCUUGGACUGGGUCGAGACGAAAGCGGAUGUUCCCAUCGAGAAAAGGUUCCCGCCGUUUCCGGCUGUAAUGGACAUAAAUCAGAUCCGCAACAUUUUGCCUCAUCGGUUUCCAUUUCUGUUGGUUGAUAGAGUGAUCGAAUACACGCCUGGACAUACAGCUGUUGGCAUCAAGAACGUUACCAUUAAUGAUAACUUCUUCCCGGGACAUUUCCCCGAGCGUCCGAUAAUGCCUGGCGUUCUCAUGGUUGAGGCAAUGGCCCAGGUUGGAGGCCUGGUUAUGCUACAACCUGAGGUAGGCGGCUCCCGUGAGAAUUUUUUCUUUGCUGGAAUCGACAAAGUGAGAUUCCGGAAGCCAGUGAUUGCAGGGGACACCCUAGUCAUGAGAAUGACACUAAUCAAAUUGCAAAAACGCUUUGGAAUAGCAAAAAUGGAAGGGAAGGCUUAUGUGGGUGGUGACCUGGUUUGUGAGGGCGAAUUUCUAAUGGCUACAGGAUCUGGAAGCGAGUGAUGGUUGAUUGCCAAGCAAAUCUCUUCAUGUGCCUCAUUUCUUUCCGGGGAAUCAAAGAUGUCCUUUUUGUCCUUUUUGGCGUCUAAGGUACCCAGUCUUUGGAACUCCACCGGCAUCUUUUUUUUUGUUUGUGUUCCAAGUUCCUUCUUCAGAAGCUUAUGAUCUGAAAUAAUUUGAUCUUGUGAGCGAAGACUAAAUUUUCUGGAGAAAACAUGUUAGCGAAUCCUAUGUUUAAUCUUCACUGUACCAGUCUUUUCUGAUAUAAGUUUUUAUUAAUCCUUUAGUCAAA